GCCGCUGAAACAAUCACAGCGCGCUUUCCGUACCGAUCAGAUUCGUAAGGUAUCCUGUGCAUCCAUUCGGAUGUCGUCUACGGGUGGCUUGACUAUUGUGAACCUGAAGGGGAGCAGAAGUGCUAGUUUCCGAUUGGAUGAUGAGAUGCGUGAGGGAAUGACAUGUAUUCGCCUCAGGGAAGGGUGUAACUUGACACGUUCGUCCGACGAUCGAAUGUAUACGUAGCGACAAGGCCUACGAAGUAUUCAACGCAUCACGGGGUACCUGCCUUAGGGGCAAGAAUCUGAUGUGUAGCCACGUGUGUCGUCGCUUCCAUGGUUUUGGUCGCAAAGCUUCAUUCAAGAAAUCACAUCUAUUCGUCGCCGUCCAAGGUUAUCAAAUGCACAUUACACUUAGAGUCCCUGGGGAAACUCAUAGCGUCGCAAAAGCUUGGCGAACUUCGCCCGGCUCACCCACUCCGUGUUUCAUGACUAUCUGUGCCGUGCCAACAUGUCAACCGAGCCAGCUGGAUUCGAAAUACAGGUUUAAAAUUCUCUUGCUCUCCAUAAUGCGCAAUCGUGUUUCACGGCACGUGGCCACAUGUGUAUUAAGUAGUGACAUUCGUGGUGUAGUUACUCGACAUCCUUCUUCGGUGUGUAGGUUGGGUUAUUUGCGGGGAAAUGAACGCGGUUCUUCUCUUGUGCAGCGACUUUGUAUCAAACCAACAACUUGGGUGUUCACGGGCGAAUGGGGGCAAUGUACAACCGGAACUUGCAUUUGGGCUGAUUAUUGAUAGAGCGGGAUUCCUGUUGUCGUCGAGGCGGCCACAGCGUCUUUUAGGCAGCACUGCUGGACGGCGCUACGCCGACCCUGGAAUGGGUGGGUCAUGUUAAGUGCUGUUGUAUGGCAACCCAUCUUUCAUUCUUGAACUGCCGGC